CCUUUCCCGGCGAGUUCCGGUUGGUUUUUCCGGCAUAGUUCCGGUUCGUUUUUCGGAUGGUUCAGCACCUCAGCAUUCCCCGAUGUUGUUCCGGCCCAUUUCCCGGCUUAGUUCCGGUCAUUUUCUGGCGUUGUUUCGGCAAUUUCUCGGAUUAGUUCCGGUCAUUUCCCAGCUUAGUUCUGGCCAUUUUCCCGACUUAGUUCCGGUCAUUUUCCUGGCUUAGUUCUGGCUUUUCCUAGCGUUGUUCCGGCCUUUUCCCGGCUUAGUUCUGGCCAAUUUCCCCGGCGAGUUCCACUUUAUUUUCUCGGCAAGAUCUGGUCAUUUUCCCCAGCAAGAUCUGGUCAAUUUCCUGGCUUUGUUCCGGACAUCUUCUCAUCGUCUUUCGAGGUGUUUCUUUAGCAAGUUGGGCAUUCAUGAUAUUCAUGCUCCAACUUGGGGGGAGUGUUGAAAUAUAUAAAUAUUUCUAGAUAAUUGUGGAGCAAAAUCCUCCACCAAUCAUUGUGAUCCGAUCAAUUUCCUUUCAACUAUAAAUAUUUCUAUAUAUCGGUGGAGCAAAAUCCUCCACCAAUCACGGUGCCUCCUCUGACUAUUGUACACCUUUCAUAUUUUCUUAUCUUUACCAUGCCUAUAUAUAGGUUCUUUGUACUCAAGCAAAAUAUAUCUGAAUAAUAAAAAUGUAGCCCUUAGUGGCUCUUUGUCCAUGGAUGUAGGCCUUAGUGCCGAACCAUGUAUAUGUCUGCGUUCUCCAUCUUUCUUUCUUCCCUUUUCCUAUUUGCAUUUCUUAUUUCCACAUCCAAAUUUAACACAAAAUUCUUCAACUGAUGGACUUAUUCUUCCUCCAUAAGACGAUUCACUAUGGAAAUCUCUGUAAUCUUAAAAUAUAUUAAGAAUAAAUAAGAAAGAAAUGAACAAAGCAAAAGAGAAAUUGAGCGGAAAUCGCUAAGGCAAAAGCUGCAAAAAAACCCUGAAAGUGUAUGUUGAAACCCUCUAGUGAUGAGACAGUAAGGGAUGAAAAUUAUAAUGAGGUCUAAAGGUGGAAAGUUUAUUCUUCGAAUUGAAGACACUGAUUUAGAGAGAUCCACAAAGGAAUCUGAAGAGGCCUUGCUACAAGAUCUUUCUUGGCUUGGUCUUCACUGGAAUGAAGGCCCUGGUGUUGGCGGAGACUAUGGACCAUAUUGGCAAUCUGAAAGAAAUACUUUGUACAAGCAAUAUGUAGAGAAGCUUGUAGAUGCUGGCCACGCUUAUCGUUGCUUUUGUUCUAGUGAGGAAUUAGAAAAAAUGAAGGAGAUUGCAAAGUUAAAGCAACUACCUCCUGUGUACAGUGGAAAGUGGGCCAAUGCCACAGAUGAAGAAGUACAAGAAGAGCUGGAGAAGGGAACACCAUUUACAUAUAGAUUCCGUGUGCCUAAGCAAGGGAGUCUGAAAAUUGAUGACCUCAUCCGAGGCGAAGUUAGCUGGAACUUGGACACGCUCGGAGAUUUUGUGAUUAUGAGAAGUAAUGGACAACCUGUUUAUAAUUUUUGUGUCACAGUUGAUGAUGCUACCAUGGGUAUUUCACAUGUUAUAAGAGCAGAAGAGCAUUUGCCAAAUACUUUAAGGCAAGCCUUAAUAUAUAAGGCUCUCAGAUUUCAGAUGCCUCAAUUUGCACAUGUUUCUUUAAUUCUUGCUCCUGAUAGGAGCAAACUAUCGAAAAGGCAUGGUGCAACUUCAGUGGGUCAGUUCAGGGAGAUGGGUUAUCUACCUCAGGCAAUGGUAAACUACCUAGCACUGUUGGGUUGGGGCGAUGGUACUGAAAAUGAAUUUUUCACCCUCAACCAGCUUGUUGAAAAAUUUUCAAUUGGUCGUGUCAACAAGAGUGGAGCAAUUUUUGAUGUUACUAAGCUAAGGUGGAUGAACGGUCAGCAUUUAAGAUCUCUUCCAUCCGAAGAGUUGACCAAACUUAUUGGUGAACGCUGGAAGAGCACUGGCAUCCUCACAGAAUCAGAGGGGCAAUUUGUAGAAGAGGCCAUUGGGCUCCUCAAGGAUGGGAUUGACUUGAUAACGGAUUCAGACAAAGUACUUUCAAACUUGCUGUCUUAUCCUUUGUACACUACUUUAGCAAGUCCUGAAGCUAAACCCAUCUUAGAAGAUCGGUUUUCUGAAGUUGCAGCCAGCUUGUUAACUGCCUAUGAUAGUGGUGAGCUCAUUGGAGCUCUAACAGAAGGCCAUGCUGGUUGGCAGAAAUGGGUGAAGAACCUUGGAAAAUCACUUAAGCGCAAGGGAAAAUCUCUAUUCAUGCCCCUUCGGGUGUUGCUCACAGGAAAGCUCCAUGGCCCAGAUAUGGGUGCUAGUGUACUUUUGCUCCAUAGAGCUGGAACCUGUGGUGUUGUAGCUCCUCAAGACAGUUUUGUGAGUUUAGAUGGAAGGUUCAAAAUACUGAGAGAAGUUGAUUGGGAAUCAUUUAAGAAAGAUAAACCUGCAUUGGAAUCUGCUGCCGCUGUAUCUCACUGAAAAUUUCCAGCGCUGUCUGAUUAUCGUAGAAGAUGCCUCUUGUUUCUUCUCCAGAAUCUUUUGAUAAUUUUGAAUCCUUCAGAAUAAUAUGACCAUGGGUAUGUCAGGAAGGAUUAUACACUUUAAGCAAGAUCCAACUAGUGUUGUUCGUGAUCGUGAUGAUGGGAACUUGUCACAAGUUUUGUAUGUAGUACAACUUAGUGGUUUGACAAGAAUGGUUUUUGUUGAAAUUUUCACAUCUGAUAAAUGUUAGGAUUGAAUGAACUAUAACAUGUCUGUGUUUAUGACAAAAUCAAUUAGUAGUUUUUGAUUUUAGUGGGCAAA